AAAGCACACUCAACUCAUCCAGUACUGGGAGAACAUUGUGCUUUUUAUCCAGAAGGAACAUGCCAUGAGGCUUUGUGGUAGUGUUGGAAUUGAUGGGGUUUGAGCCUUUAUAGUGAUGGGGAGGCCUUCCAAAUGAAAGACAUUUUACAUCAGGAUGGAUGACUACUUGGACAUAAGAACUGAAGGCACACAGUAUGUGAAAGCUACCACAAAGAUUUUUAACUUUAGCAGUGAAUGGGAAUGCUGUUUAUUAACACAGGAAGUAGAAAAAGGGAAAGAUGUAUCAGGAAUAAGGAUGUUUGUAGAAAUAAACACAAAAUAUUUUUAUAUCCUUGUGAAGAUAAUUAUCAGGAAGGUACUGCUGUCAAUAUUUUCCUGAAAUUCUGGUCCAUUGGCUGUGUGAUUAACUAUUUCCCCAACCCCUGUAACACAGUUAUGUCCAUAACGUUAGUACGUAUUUGUAUCUUAUAUUGUAUACUGUAUGAUCUAAAUCACUCUUGUCUCUUACCCUAAGAGUUUAAGUAUUCGGGCUGAAAUGAGGUUUUAUGCUUCCCUAACAGGCUCAGUGGUGCUAUUGAAGUCCUCGUAGUGGCCUCAGUGAUUACAACCACUACGGAGUCUUAGGAGAAUUCCGUAGUUGAUGAUGCUACAAUAGUUUUAUUGAUCUCCCCCAAGUCUUUUGUGAAACGUCUCAGAAGUUGAUGAGCACAGAAGCCUUUGCUCUGGCCGCCAAGCACUACUCUGUGCAAAGCUUGGGGCUGUGUACUCCUUUUGAGCAGUUGCUUACCGCCCUUCGAGUAAACAAAGAGCAGAGAACUGGUGAAAAUGUGAAGGCAAUUAAGUUUAUGAAUACAAAAAAAUCUCAUGAGGUUCAGGCAAUGUCAGAGCUAAUCUGCAGUAUUGCUGAUUACUAUGGUUUAAAGCAGAUAAUUGACGUGGGUUCUGGUAAAGGCUACCUAAGCUCCUUUUUGUCCUUAAAGUAUGGUUUAAACGUUUAUGGCAUCGACUCCUCAAAUACUAAUACUCAUGGAGCUAAGGAGAGAAACAGGAAGUUGAAGAAACAUUGGAACCUGUAUCGUGCUCAGACAAGAGGAGAUGCCCAUGGACCGGCAUUAAAAAUGCCGGAAGAAAAGAAAGUGCAAAAGGAAGUAAAGUGUAAGGGAGAUUUUGAGAGUGCACUGAAGAACACUCUUGUGACUCAAGACUUGUCUGCCGAUGUUUUGCCAGAGUUUUCAAAGUCAGCAGGUUCGGUCAUCAGGAAACGGCAAGGGAAUCUCCAUGCCCAGCCACUCGAAACUGCCUUUUCUCUCGUGGACAUUUUGCCUACUGAAGCCAUCGAACCUACCUCAUCCCAGGUGCACAACACCGAGAUGUCGGAAGUGAGGACACGGAGAAGAAAGGUGACGUCAAAGCCUAGUGACUCAAGUAUCUAUUCACCACUGACUUCUUUUAUCACCGCUGAUUCAGAAUUGCAUGACAUUGUUAAAGAUCUGGAGGACUGUUUAGUGGUGGGUCUUCAUACUUGUGGUGACCUUGCACCAAACACUCUACGGAUAUUUGCAUCCAAGUCUGAAGUCAAGGGAGUUUGCAGUGUGGGUUGUUGCUACCAUCUUUUAUCUGAAGAAUUUGAAGACCAGCAUAAAGAAUAUGCUCAAGAAAACUGGGGCUUUCCAAUGUGCCGCUAUCUGAAAGAGGAGAGAUGGUGUUGCGGCCGUAAUGCAAGAAUGUCAGCAUGCUUGGCAUUGGAACGGGUUGCAGUUGGCCAAGGGCUGCCUACUGAAUCACUCUUCUAUCGUGCUGUUCUGCAGAAUAUUAUUAAAGAUUAUUACGGCAUCACCAAAUGUGAUCGGCACGUUGGUAAAAUUUAUUCCAAAUGUUCUUCCUUUCUGGAUUAUGUCAGAAUGUCUCUAAAGAAGCUUGGAUUAGAUGAGUCCAAGGUCUCUGAAGAAAUUAUAAUGGAUUACUAUGAGAAAUAUAAACCUAGAAUGAACGAGUUGGAGGCAUUUAAUAUGUUGAAAGUCGUUCUGGCUCCUUGCAUAGAAACACUGAUUCUUCUUGAUCGACUGUGUUACCUGAAGGAACAGGAAGAUGUAGCGUGGUCCGCUCUUGUGAAGUUGUUUGACCCUGUCCAGUCUCCCAGGUGCUAUGCUCUCGUUGCCCUGAAGAAACAGCGGUGACCGCAGCGGAGGCAGGUGGCUAGUCAGAUUGUUUGGGGACUUACCUCGAAGAUUACUUUUCUAAACAUUUAUAUUUUAAAUAAUUGCUGUAUUUUAAGUAAUAAAAUAAUGGCUCACAGUGUAAGAUCAUAAUCAGUUUUUCCAUUCUCAAAGCAUACAUUAAUAAAAUAAGAACUUAUGAAAAUAUUA